AUGGAGGGUAGGGACGCUUUUCACGAAAAACGUGCCUCGUUAGAACGUGAACAGGCGGAGUUGGGAUUGACUUCACCGCGGCAUAACGUUUUGCCAUCUCUGGAUGCCAAAGAUAUUCGGGCAGGAGCUGAGUGUCCAUCAGAGGGAGCUAAAUAUCUGAAGGACGGCCACGGUAAAGAUCAGCUGCAUCUGAACCAAAGAACCCACUUGCAUUCGAAUUAUUCUGGGCCCAGCAAGGCUCCAAAUGCCAUUUUCGAUCCGAUGAAAGUUGACAUAAGUGGCGGCGAUACCCGAUUGACCAAGCCAUGGUUGCAAACAUGCGGGAAUUCCCGUGAGUCAAAAGACCGUGUUACAGUGCACGUCAAUGUCUGUAGCCUCCCCUAG